CCUCCUCGCUCGCGUCCUGUCGCCUUGUCGGCGCCCCACCUCCGGCCCCCCGUCUCCAGCCAGAUCCCCUCCCCCUCCUCACUCCCAUUCCCGCUCCACUCCCAAUCCGAGCCCAGAUCCGCCCGAAAAUGCUGGGGCGGGCGGCGGGGCUGUCGGCGCCGCGGUGGCGCGGCGGGCCGCUGGACCUGCGCGCCGCGCUGCGCUCGGGGGGCAACCUCCUCUUCGCGCUCUUCGUGGCGGCCGUGCUCGCGUUCACGCUCCUCGCCGCGGUCCACAGCCCCGACGACCCGCUCCUUCACCCGUCCUCGCACCAGCUCACCGACUUCCUCACCUCCGCCACGUCCACCUCCACCUUCCUCACCGACGACUCCGUGCUCCGCACCGGGGAGGACUUCAACGCCUCCUCGUCCUCCUCCGGCGCCACCGCCGAGGCCGGCGUCGAAGCGGAAAUAAAGGAGGCCGUCCCGUUCAUCAAGCUCUCCGACGUCGCGUCCGAGGCCGAGAAGGCGGAGCCCGAGGCUGAGCGGGCCGUCACCGUCGACACUGAUGUAGGCACGGGCGAGGGUGCGGUGGCGGCGGCCGAGGAGACCCCUGUCACCGAGGCGGUCUCCUGCGACACGGAGGCGCCGGUGGACUGCACGGGGGACAGGGACCUCUUCAAUCUGCUCAUGCGCACGGCCAUCGAGCAGUUCCCCGAUCUCCACUUCUACCGCUUCGGCCGUCCCGUGGCAGUGCCGGAUAGCCCCAUGGAGUGCGACCUCGCCUGGCGCUUCCGCCCCGCCGCUGACGCCAUCGGCACCGGCCGGACCACAUACUACAAGGACUACCGCCGCUUCACGCUCACCCGCGACGUCAACACCUGCACCCUCGUCGUCAGCAGCGUGGGCGAAUACCACUCGGGUUUAGGCGCCAAGCGCAAUGGCAAGCGCAAGGGAAAGAAGGGGAAGAAGGGCAAGCGUGAGGCACCCGUCACUGACUUCGUGCCGGCCAAGACACAGGUUAGGCUGGACGAGAACGCUGCCAACAAUGAGGCUGCUGGGGCUGUGGCCGAACCAGUGUUUGUUGUUGGUGAGGCUGUCAAUGACAGCUUGCCAGUGGUUGCCUCUGAGUCUGAUUUCAGCCGCGGAAGGUACCUCAUUUACAUGGGUGGCGGCGAGAGGUGCAAGAGCAUGAACCACUUCAUUUGGGGGUUCUUAUGUGCUCUGGGUGAGGCGCAAUUCUUGAACCGGACUCUUGUAAUGGACCUCAAUGUCUGCCUCAAUGCACGGUAUACUUUGAGUGGCAAGGAUGAAGAGAAAGAUUUUAGGCUCUACUUUGAUUUCGAGCACCUGAAGGAAUCAGCAUCAGUGAUCGAUCAAAGCCAGUUCUGGCAAGAUUGGGGGAAGUGGCAGAAGAAGGAUAAGCUGAAGAACUUCUAUACAGAAGACAUCAGGAUGACCCCGAUGAAACUCAGAGACGUCAAGGACACACUGAUCAUGAGGAAGUUUGGGAAUGUUGAGCCAGAUAACUACUGGUCACGUGUGUGUGAGGGUGAGACUGAGGGAGUGAUCAAACGCCCAUGGCAUUUCUUAUGGAAGUCCCGUCGCUUGAUGGAGAUUGUAUCUGCCAUUGCCUCACGGAUGAGCUGGGACUUCGAUUCAGUCCAUAUUGUGAGAGGGGAGAAAGCACAGAACACACAACUAUGGCCAAACCUUGAUAGAGAUACCUCUCCGGACAGUCUGCUUAUGACACUCAAUGACAAGGUUGGUGCUGGCCGCUAUUUGUACAUUGCUACCAAUGAGCCCGACAAAUCGUUCUUUGACCCACUUAAGGAAAAGUAUAAAACACGCUUCCUGGAUGAUUUCAAGGACUUGUGGGAUGAGAAUAGUGAGUGGUUUACUGAAACUAAGGAGCUGAGCAACGGUAAGCCGGUGGAAUUCGAUGGGUACAUGAGGGUCGCAGUUGAUACUGAGGUGUUUCUGAGGGGGAAGAGGCAUUUGGAGACAUUCAAUGACCUUACGCGCGAUUGCAAAGAUGGCGUGAAUACAUGCCCAGCUUCCUCCUGAACAUCCGAUGGGCUAAGGUGAGCUGAUAUUCUGAAAUAUUAUGCUUCACAGAAUAUUGCCAACAUUGUUGUUGGUGUCUCUUAAGCACAUGCCUUGUUGUAGUUAGGUAGGCAGUAUCAGCUUUCUUAAACCACUAUUGCUGAUUUUGUGUGUCCAGAUUACAUUAGUCUGUUGAGUUCAUGCAUUGGACUUGUGCUGAAACAACUAGUUGAUGGUACCUGCAGAUGUGCUUUGUAUCUCUUCUAUAUGGCUCAUCAAUUUUUGUCACCACGAUCAUGUUACCUUCCAUUCUCUAAAUAUUAUGUGUUUUGGCA